GUACACAGAUACACAGAACAUAGACUAAGAUUAGAAGACAUCCCAAAUUUUUUAAUACAAACGAAUCAAAAUGAACAAACAAAGGAACACGAUGUACAAGAUACGGAACACAUACUAUCCGCGCAAGAAUAGACAAUGCAAGCUGAUCUAUGAUCGAGAGCGUUAUUGGGAAUACGAUUACCUAAAAUUGCUUUCAGAAAAAAUGCAAGGAGAUGAACUUGGAAAAAUCUUACCGUCUCUACCAAGUUCGCUUGAUGCUUAGUUAUUUGGGGGUGUUCUGUAUUUUGCACAUUUUCGUCACCCUUUUCGUCUGCAUUCUUAUCGUUUUUUUUCCCAAUCAACGUACUUAUGUCAAAAUGGAUAUCAUCUUCCAAGUGGUGUCGUCUCUCCUUGUCAUAGGAUGUCUGAGUGUUAAUUUCAACGAACGCAUUGCUGCGCGCCAUCAUUGGUAUAUGGCAGCCUCCUCGAUUGUGGCAACAUUAAUAGCGACAUUUUUUGAUUUGGGGCAAUGCCUUUGGUUUAAGUCCUUUUACGAAUGGAACCUAUACAACUGUUACGACACUUACAUCCUGUGCAUGAUCUACAUGUUCCUGCCAAUAAUUUCAAUUAAACUUUGCCUCUCACUGGGCGCCAUUGUGAGUUUCCUGUACAUUGCGUAUUACUACUACAACAUGGGAGUAAAUAUAGAGACGGAAAAUUACAAUAGGGCUGUUGACGUCACGCACUUUUUUUGCUUUAACCUACUGGGCGUGUUCUAUCGCAUGAUGAACGAAAUACUGGUACGAUCCUCCUUCCUCGACCGCCAGCAGUACAUGAUAGAAGAGUUUUGGCUUCGGAACGCACGGCAACAGGAGGCAGCCCUGCUAAACACCAUUUUCCCAACGCAGAUAGCCAAGUCUAUAUUUCGCUCCAUUAAGGAGCGAAUCAUUGCCGAAGAAAAAUUUAUUCCGGGUCAACCAGACAGCCUUAAGGCCUCCAAUAUUAUGGCGAUCCAGCAACACCCUGAUGUCAGCAUCCUUUACGCAGAUUUGGUCAACUACACCCACCUGACAACCACGCUUCCGGUGCAGGACCUGGUAAAGGUGCUGCACGACCUCUACGGCAGGUUCGAUAUGGCGGCCUCAAUUUUCAAUGUCAUGCGCAUUAAGUUCUUAGGUGACUGCUAUUACUGUGUAGCGGGUCUACAACAACCGGAUCCUCAGCACGCGAAAUUGGCUGUCUCCUUGGGUAUUUCAAUGAUUGCCAAUAUUAAAGAAGUACGGGAGGAACGACAGCUGGACAUCGAUAUGCGGAUAGGGGUCCACUCGGGCCACCUAUUCGCAGGAGUUAUAGGGCAGGCUAAGCUACAGUUCGAUGUAUGGGGAGUCGACGUGAACAUUGCCAAUCACUUAGAAGCUACCGGCGAACCGGGUUACGUCCACGUCAGUAGCAUUACUUUGAGCAACUUGGACCUAAACGAAUAUAUUGUUCGCCCGGGUCCUGUGAAAGCCCAACAGGAUCCCGUGAUUCAAAGCUAUCCUAUGCGCACAUAUCUUCUUACCGGUGUACCCCAAAGGGACUCCGUCAGACGGUCCGAAUCUGUUCCAAUCAUAGGGUUCAAAUUAAGAUCUCGUAUUGAGCAACCCUUAAAGGAGAGGGAUGUAAAGUUGUCGGAGGAAUUAUCUGAGGAAUUUAAAAAGAUGCAAACCGCCGGUCUAGAUCUUAGAUGUUGUCGCCGGGUUAAAGUUGAGCGAAAAAGCAAACAUUCCAAUCGUGACGUCGAAUGGUGCUGUGGGGCCCUUCCGGUUUUCCAUGAUUCGCAUCUUGAAUGGAGCUAUAUCAACAGGACGGACUAUGUUCUCAAGUACUCUAUUUGCGUAUCCUAUAUAAUUGGGGUAGUCUUGGUCUUUAACCAGGCUACAGCUAACAGGACCAUUUGCAUAGCGUGCAUUUAUGUUGAUGUUAUAUUGUUUUUAAUGCUGACCGUAGUGCUUUGCAUUGCUUGGUACAAAAAAUUUUGCUUUUGGAAAUACCAUGAGGAAAAGGAAUAUAACAACUUGAGCUGCAGGAUUUUUUCACUUUGGGAGAAGGUUCAGCGCAGUUCAGCGCGACGGAUCGCGGUGUACCUAUUUAUUUUGAGCAUAUACUUCACGUAUUUGUCUCUCUCGGUGGUUAAUUGUGACCUCAAUAUGUUUGAGUUAGCUUUCAUAGAGAACAACCUUUACGACUACGUAAGGGAUGAUGCGAUGUGCUUUCGACCAUGGGUAUUCACCAACCUAAUGGCUCUAAUCAUUGGAAUGACGUUUACAUUCGCUCACAUUCCCUUCUCACUGAAAACAGCAAUCGCGACUCUGGAGGUCUUGGUCUACCUGGUACUAAUAUAUUUGGAGUACCCUUUUAUAUUCCAUCACAGCAAAACAUCGUUUGCAUUUCUUCCCUCGGAAGCCGCCCACUGCAUGCGUGUCCUGUUCACCUUUUUCACAUUUUAUAUCAAGGAACGAGAGGUCGAGUUUAACGCUAAGACGAACUUCAAAUUAAAUAAUGACCUAAAAAACAAGCAAAAAGAUGCCGACUUAACCAACCAAUCUCUAGUGAUCCUCCUCAAUAAUAUUCUUCCCUCGCACGUCGUUGAAUUAUACCUGACCCAUUUGGAGAAGCACGAGCUCUAUUAUGAAAACUACUCGAUGGUCUCGGUGAUGUUCGCCUCGUUAAUCAAUUUUGAAGUAAAUUUAAAAACCCUACGAGUAUUAAACGACCUUAUAACAGAGUUUGACAAAUUGUUGAACGUCUACAGGGAAUACUACGUGGUUGAGAAGAUCAAGGUUGUGGGCUGCACCUACAUGGCUGCCUGUGGGCUAGAUUUUAACCUGGCCUCAUUACAUCUACAAGAAAGCAAGGCAAAAUUGAACUUUCGAUUAGCAAGCCUAUCGCAUCAAGAAAGCACACAUGAAGAAAGUUUCGACCAAGUUGUCUUGGUAAUGGCCUACUUCGCCCUGGACCUGAUGCGCACCCUUUUCGAGUGUAACAGGGUCUACGCUAGCAAGCCCUUUGACCGUAGUCUGUCGGCCACCGGGAUCUGCAUCGGAAUCUCGAGUGGAAAAGUAAUGGCCGGAAUCGUGGGCGCCUCCCAACCCCACUACGACAUCUGGGGAAAUCCCGUCAAUAUGGCUUCCCGAAUGCAGUCCACUGGUUUAGUGGGAAAGAUCCAGGUUACCGAAGAAUCAGCCUUCAUUUUGCGAGAUUUCGGGAUCAGUUGCACAUUUCGUGGCAUGACCUAUGUGAAGGGAGUUAAUGAAAUCCCCACGUACUUCGUGGACAUAGACUCCAAUUAUAACUUUGUUGAAUUAGAUAACACUGCAGUCGAACGAAGAAUGUCCCUCUUCCAGUUAGACUCCACCGAUAGCGAUGCGAAAAUGGUUUCAAGCACUAACGGAGAGACUACAUAAUUUUUAUACAUUUGGCAAAAUAUUCAUACUUUAACGAGAAAACUUUAUUUACUAAACUACGUCAA